UAGUUGGGGGAGAUGGACAUGAACAACGGGUGGCUUGGAUUCUCCCUGUCGCCUUCGGCUGGGAGAGGCGCCUACGGAGGCGGCGGCGGAGCGAGCGGAAGCGGCGAUGGAGAGGGAUCUUGCUCCUCGCCGGUCGCCGCUUCGCCUCUCGUGGCCAUGCCGCUGCAGUCUGAUGGCCGUCUGCCGUACAGCUCUACAUCAGAUUGGAGGCACGCCGCAGAAGCCAAAGGCCCCAAGCUUGAGGACUUCAUGAGCGUCACUUGCAGCAACAAGAGCAGCAGCAGCAGCCUCUAUGACAGCUGCGGCCACGCCGACCAGGCCAAGUACCACGAGGUCCACGACCUCCAACCCUUCUCGGGCGGCUCGUACUUCCACGACCACGGCCACGGCAGCAGCGGCAUUGGCCUGGGGAUCAACAUGAACGCGCCGCCCUGCAGCGGCUUCCCGGACCACCAACACCACCACCAUCAGUUCCUGUCCCACCACGGCGAGUACUUCUUGGGCACCCCAGCGAACCCGAGCCAGCCGCCUGGCGGCGCAAUGCCGUCGAUGCCGGUGUACAGCGCCGGCGGCGGCGGAGGCGUUGUCAGCGGGUCGAUGUCCAUCUCCGGCAUCAAGUCCUGGCUCCGGGAGGCGAUGUACGUGCCGCCGGAGCGGUCGGCGGCGCUGUCGCUGUCCGUGACGGACGUGCCGGCCGAGCCGCCGCAGCUGCUGCCGGCGCCAAUGCCGGUCGCCCGCAAGCCCGCGCAGACGUUCGGGCAGCGGACGUCGCAGUUCCGGGGCGUCACCAGGCACAGAUGGACAGGGAGGUAUGAGGCUCAUUUGUGGGACAACACUUGCAGGAAGGAAGGCCAGACUAGGAAGGGACGCCAAGUUUACUUAGGCGGGUAUGACAGGGAGGAGAAGGCUGCGAGGGCUUACGACUUGGCAGCGCUCAAGUACUGGGGUCCUUCAACUCACAUAAAUUUCCCGUUGAGCCACUAUGAGAAGGAGCUGGAGGAGAUGAAGCACAUGUCAAGGCAGGAGUUCAUUGCACACUUGAGAAGGAACAGCAGCGGCUUCUCGAGGGGAGCAUCCAUGUACAGAGGAGUGACAAGGCAUCACCAGCACGGGAGAUGGCAGGCCAGGAUUGGGAGGGUCGCUGGCAACAAGGACCUGUAUCUUGGCACAUUCAGCACGCAGGAGGAGGCGGCGGAGGCGUACGACAUCGCGGCGAUCAAGUUCCGGGGCCUUAACGCGGUGACCAACUUCGACAUCAGCAAGUACGACGUGAAGCGCAUCUGCGCCAGCACGCACCUCAUCGGCAACGACGCCGCGUGCAGGCGCUCCCCGACGCGCCCCCCGGACGCGCCGGCUGCGCUCCCCGAGCGGCAGUCGUCGGACGCGCCGAGAGGCGACCAGGGCGGCGCCGCGUCCGACAACUCGGACACCUCCGACGGCCACCGCGGCGCGCACCUGCUGCACGGACUCCAGUACUCGCAGCACCCCAUGAAGUUCGAGGCCGGGGAGGGCAGCAGCGGAGGCGGCAGCUGGAUGACCGCAGCCGCCGCGCGGCCGGUGUCCGGCGUCGUCCCCAGCGUGCACCAGCUGCCGGUGUUCGCGCUGUGGAAUGACUGAUCGUCAACGUAGCAAAGCCCGCGCGCCCGUUGUUAGCUAGGCCUGUGCAUUGUACUGCGUGCAGCGGUGCAUGAGGUGUAGCGUAACGUCUUUUGCAGUAGUGGUGGCUGCGUGGGAGAUGCCGUUCGGGAGUCCGGACCGCCGUGCAGCCGAGAUGCAUGUUGCAUGGUCGCCAUCUUCCGUGACAGGUGACGACAAUUUUGCCGCAAUAUGUAAUGGUUGACAUGCACGCAUGCGUUGUUCACUGAACAUUCUAGUAGUAGU